GACGGCUCGUCAGCUCAUUCAUCUUGCGCCGCGGGGGCAAGGAUGCAAAGUGGGGUUGACGUGAGGAGGUCGUGGGGGCACAGGAGCAGGAUGCGGGGUCACAAGCGAGGCGAGGCCGGCAAUCUCUAUCCUCCGCUUCGCGACACAGUAUCCUCGUGUGCCUUUGUACCUCAAUGAAGGCGAAGUGAGACUUUGAGAAAAGGCUUUAAGGGCCGCUGAUUGCGGGAGCCCCUUCUUUCGCGAUCCAUCCACCUCCUCAUGCUCGCCAGGAUGUUCUGCAGGCUCUCCAAGCUCACUCUCCUCGCCAUCGCGUCGCUCUACUGCUUGGCUCAGGCAGCUCCUAGCUUACCUCGCGCUGACGCGGCCUCAGAAUACGUGGGUUACCUCUUCCUGCACUUCUACGACAACUACCGAGCUCCUGGAGACUACUCAACGUACCCCGCGGGCGAGCAAGUCUUUGGCCAUCUGAGCAAUGGCAACAACCCACUCCCCUACAGGCCUCUCAAGGGCGGUGCCCCCCUCCUUCGCUCGACGGUAGGUACGCGCGGGGUGCGCGACUUCUACCUCGCCUCGAGGCCCGACGAGUCCCAGCACUACAUCAUCGCAACCGAUCUGAACCAGACGGCGGCCGGGGGCUUCGGCGGUGCCUUCCUCAGUCGCAGUCUUGUCAUCUGGGACUCCAAGGGCUCCAGUCUCACGCAAUGGGAGCCUCCUCGUCUCGUCGAAGUCGUACCCCCCAACUUCCGCAUGGCUUGGGCUCCCGAAGCAGUUUGGGUGGCUGCCAAGAACCAGUUCAUGGUAUUUUGGGCGUCUAAUGCAUACGGUGAUGAGAGGCAUGUGGGGAAGCCCAACGAGGACAAGAUUUACCGCUCCUUCACUUCGGACUUCAAAACGUUCACGCCGCCCGAGCUUUACCAUGAGCUGCCCAACGGCCUGAACACCAUUGACAUGACCAUUCAUCCUACGGGAGGCGCAUCUCGACCCAAUGAGUAUGUGCGCUUCCAAAAGCGCGAGGACCUGGGCAGGUGCUACGGCGAGGUCAGCGAGAAUGGAAUCGACGGCCCCUGGACCCGUAUUGGGGACGACAACUCCUUCGUAAACCCGGAUAGCAAUGGUGAGGCGUGCUUGUUCUUCCAAUCUAAUACCAACAGCGCCGAAUGGUUCGUCUUUGUCGACCAGUACGGGCGCAACCCCGCUGGCUACUACCCUUACCUGGCCGUGAAUGGCAUCACCAAGGAUGGGUACCGGGAUCUGGGUCUGCAGGAGCUGCCUAAGCUGCUCAAGCAUGGGACUAUCAAGAAGGUGACGAGGGCGCAGUACGACGAGAUCCAGGCGAGGUGGGGUUGAUGAUGCAAUGCAAAUUCUUUGAUUC